AAGGGGCUUGGAGCUCGUAUAAACAUAAAGUUAGGGUGUACACACGAGUGUAAUGGCGACGUGCGUCGUAACGUGAUUUUGAAGAGAAGAGACCCAAUGCGUUAAUUUAUAAGAGAUAAUUUAUGAUUUUGGUAAUUUUGUUAAAAUAAUUAUCAAAUCUCUCUUCAAUAUUGUUGUUGGACAAAAUGGAACGUUUUCUGAGCACCAUCCGCCUCAGUGCAAACUCCAGGCGAGUGCAACAGCUAUUGGCUACGAAGUCGACUUCGAGUCUUCCUUGGCAAGGUCGAUCGUUGUCUUUUACCUGUUUGUGUAAAACACAGGACAGAAUUGCAAGCAGCUCACAGAAGGAAGACAUGGUGAAUGUCUCGAGAACAAGUAAUCAGCCGAUAAUGUCAUAUUUAUCGACAAGACUUUAUACAACGGAAGGCAAACCCAGUGGUGAUGGAACGAAAGAUAAAGAGAGAGAAAAAAGUCCGGUUACGUGGAAGUCAUUGCUGGUUACAUUUGGUGUGGGUGCUGCGCUGUUAUUGGGGAUGAAAUAUGUCAAGAAAGAAAAAGAAAUAGCUGCUGAAAAGGAAAGAACAAAGACUCUUGGGAAAGCUGCCAUUGGAGGUCCUUUUGAUCUUAUUGAUCACGAUGGAAAGCCAACUUCUAACAAAGAUUUUCUUGGCAAAUGGGUUUUAUUGUACUUUGGUUUCACCCACUGUCCAGAUAUAUGCCCUGAUGAGUUGGAAAAGAUGUGCUUGGCUGUUGAUAAAAUUAAUAGCAUUAAAACCAUUCCUGAUAUAACGCCAAUUUUUAUAACUAUUGAUCCUGAAAGAGACUCCCCUCAAGCUAUGAAAGAAUACUGCAAAGAAUUCCACCCAAAUUUAAUUGGACUAACUGGGGCAAAGGAAAAGGUUGAAGAAGCUGCAAGGUCUUAUCGAGUUUAUUACAGUGCUGGGCCUAAGGAUGAAGACAACGAUUACAUUGUGGAUCAUACAAUAAUUAUGUAUCUAAUAAAUCCAGAGGGUGCAUUUUUGGAUUACUAUGGGCAAAAUAAGAAUGAUGAUGAAAUAGCUGGCAGUAUCGCAUCUCAUAUGAGAAAAUACAAACAGUUCUAAGGUUACAAUGGCCGAGAUAUAUCAGAUGCAGAUGUGUGUGGUGGUAUUGUACAAAUGGUAUUGGUGGAAAGCAGAGACUCUUGAAUGACCAUCGGGAAUACAAUUAUAUGUAUACUCAUUGAAGACCAGCUAGUGUCUGUUAAGUCAACAGAUAUUUAGCUGACAAUAGAUUUGAUUUCAAAUGGCCGCUGAAAUCUCAACAUGAGGUUGGUUAUUGUACCUCAAAUAAUGUUCAUUUUCUCAUGUCAUUAUGGUCUACUCCUAAUACCAUGGUUACAUAAUAGUGGACUUGACGGGAGAGAAGGAAACACUAUUUAAGGGAUAAAACAAGUCUUGUGGCUAGCUUCCUCUCAACAAUAUCUUGGCAGCCAUAUUGUCUUAAGGUCAAUUUGGGGUCACCAGUAUAUCAUGAACUCUACUUAACUGUUUGACGCUGGUACAAUUUUAUUUCUCAAAACAACAUUUUUGCUGUACAAACUUGUUUGGUGGCAGUUCUUAUAUAUAUGUAUAAAAUAACCAACUGAUGGUCGUCACAGUACAUUCUGUCCUACUACAGGCCUGUCAACAGUAAAUUCAAGAAAGUUAAAUUUAACAGCACACCUUGUCCCAAAUCAGCUGACUCUUCAAACACCAUCACAUAAAAUAAAUUAUGUUUUUUCAAAAUAAAUAAAUAAAAAACAAAUACAUGAAACUGUAAUACCCAACUCCCACUUACCCAUACUCCAAAUUUGGCCCAAAAAAAUCGUACAAGAUUGAUGUAUGUUACAAUAUAGGUAUAAUCAUUCUUCUUUUAUCAUUUACCGGUAUAAAAUAUAUCAGCAUAAUUUUUUCCAUAUUUUUACAAAAAUGUUAAUCAAGAUCUGGUCCAAUGGGAAAAUUAUGUCCAUUUGGUUCAAAAAUAAAUGAGCAAAAAGUUAGCCUAAAAUUUUGGCAAGAAAAAAUUAUGGCGCUCAAAAGGAAUGAUGAAUAAAAAAUCCCCCACAGUGCCAUAUUGGAUGUGGAAACAGAUUUAUGGGAGCGUCUCGUCUCUUCAUUGAAUCAAAGAUGACACUGUGGAAAAUUCAUUAUUGUUAUAAAUCAGAAUUAAGCACAUUAGGUUUGGUUUUUGUUGUGGAAAUGAAUUAACUUGCAAAUCAUGAUCAUGUUCUAGGGUGAAUGACAGUUGUUUAUGGGCUCAAGAUGAGUUGUAUAUUUUAUAAAUUCAGGAUAAAAUAAAUGCAAUUUUUUGCUUUUAUUACA